UUUUACUUAUAUGGGAUGAGGACAGAGGCCCCUCACAUUCCUCUGACAUAUUAUUUGAACAAUCUGUUUAGCUGGCAUGUCUUGAAACCAGAGCCGGGCACCCACUCGAGAACAGGAGGGCUUCCCAAAGCACAUAUAAGAGGACCCCCCUCCCUGCAUGCGCACUCACAGGACAGCUUUCUGAAGUCUGGGUCCCAACUCUUAGGACAAGCAGUCUCUCGUAAAUCUUCUUCACUAUCUCUUUCUAACCGAAGAGUAAGCAUGGCCUUCGCUGGACUUCUAAAAGACGAAGAUAUCGCUGCUGCAAUCAAGAAUUGCCAAGCCGCUGAUUCUUUCAACCACAAGACCUUCUUCUCUCAGGUCGGCCUGGCCAACAAGUCUGCAGCCGAUGUAGCGAAAGUCUUCAAGAUUUUGGACCAGGACCACAGCGGCUUCAUUGAGGAGGAUGAGCUUAAGCUGUUCCUCCAGAACUUCCAGUCCAGUGCUCGAGCUCUAACUGAUGCCGAGACUAAAACCUUCCUGGCUGCAGGCGAUUCAGAUGGUGACGGCAAAAUCGGAGUAGAAGAGUUCCAGGCCUUGGUGAAGUAAACUUGCCCGCUGCCCGACUGACACUUUGUAAGACUGAAGACCCCUAUUUAUUUAUUUAUUGACUAAUUGACGAAUUGUGCUUUUUUGUACAUUAAAUGACAUUUGUAAAUGUCGCUGCUUAUUGUUUACAAUGCAAAUAAAUGAAUAAACCAAUAGAGAA